AGCACCGCAACGGAACGCGGGGCGCGGAGCUGCGGGGCCGGCCGGGCUGAGCGCGGUGCGCAGGCGGAGCGUGCGGGCAGCCGGAAGCGGGCGGUGCGGAGCGGUGUCCCGUUACCAAGGAUUGCUGGCAUGGUCCUUAAGGUCUUCUUUCCUUCGUGCUGCUCCUCGGCAGAAAGCGGCAUUUUGAUCGGCCGCUGGAUCCCAGAGCAGAGCUCUGCUGUCAUCCUCGCCGUGGUCCAUUUCCCCUUUAUUCCUGUUCAGGUGAAGCAGUAUCUCAGGGAAGUCCAGCAGGUGACUGAGGUCGGCAUUUCUGUGCUCGGCUCGUGGAACAACAGCAAACAGGAGAAAGAAGAGAGUUUGAGUGAGUUCUUGGAGGACCUUGGGACGAUAUUCUCUCAUGAGCCGUGGAUUCAGAUAAGCAAAGAGGGAGACAGCAAAUUCUGGAACUGUUCUACCCUUCAGAAACAGUCAGACAACCACAGAGAAGAAGAAAUCAUCUUAGUGUAUUAUGACCAGCGGAAAGUCAUGCUUUCCCAUCUGCACCCCCCUUUGGACACGGCUGACCUUGGGGCAGAGGAUGCCUCCAAGCUCGCUGCCAUCUUUAACACAGUUGCAAGCAGCAAGGUGCUCUUCAUGACAGACAGAUACGAUGAUGGGCCCAUUAAGAUGACCCACUGGCAGUCAGAUGGCGUUGAAGCAAGUAUCAUUGUGGAGCUGAUGAAGCAGGCCUCGGUGCCUGCCUGCAUGCUGCUGACAUUCCUGCUUUCACUUGUCUCUGGGGUCUGCAACAGCAGGGUGCUGAAGUUUUGGCCUUUGUCUUUCCUGUGGAGCAAACUCUCAACCUGUGAGCAGCUGAGCCAUCGCCUGCAGCACCUCCAGGUCAUCAGCAGCAGCAAGAAGGCUCAAAACCAGACCCAGCUAAUGAGGAAAGCCAACAUCUUUGUCUCUUUGCUGAUUGAUGUGGCUCUGGGGAUCCUGCUGAUGUCCUGGCUGUACAGAAAGAACCAGAUCGGUCGCCUUGCCGACACUCUCAUCCCCGUGGCUGAUCAUGUAGCUGAAGAGCUGCAGGACCUGCUCCAGUGGCUGAUGGGAGCACCAGCUGGACUGAAAAUGAACCGAGCUUUGGAUCAGGUGCUGGGUCGGUUCUUCCUUUACCACAUCCAUCUUUGGAUUAGCUACAUCCACCUGAUGUCCCCAUUCAUCGAGAUGAUCCUCUGGUACGUUGGUCUGUCAGCUUGUCUGGGUCUGACCGUGGCUCUCUGCAUCCUCUCUGACAUUAUUGCCCUUCUGACCUUCCACAUCUACUGCUUCUAUGUCUAUGGAGCGAGGCUCUACUGCUUGAAGAUCUACGGCCUGUCGUCUCUCUGGCGCUUGUUCCGUGGGAAGAAGUGGAACGUCCUCCGGCAGCGGGUGGAUUCCUGCUCCUAUGACUUGGACCAGUUAUUUAUUGGCACGUUGCUGUUUACCAUCCUGCUGUUCCUUCUGCCUACAACUGCGCUGUACUAUUUGGUGUUUACCCUGCUCCGUUUGCUGGUGGUGAUUGUGCAAGGCCUGAUCCACUUGCUGGUUGACCUGAUUGACUCUCUGCCUCUUUAUUCAAUCAUCCUUCGGCUCUGCAGAUCCUACAGGCUGGCAGCUGGUGUGAAGUUCAGAGUCCUCGAGCAGCAGGAUGGAAAACCUCUUCGACUCCUUAUGCAGAUCAACCCUCUAUCAUAUGGCAGUGUGAUACAGACAUACAGGCUGCCAACCUACAGCUGUUAUCCUAAGGAUUCCUGGUCAUCCCUCUGCAAGAAGCUGUUCCUUGGAGAGCUGAUCUACCCUUGGAAACACAAAGGAGAGAAGCAGAACUGAAAAAAAAAGCAAAGCACAGAAGAGCCAGGACUGAAAGACUUGGUUAGAAAAACACAUUGACUCCUAAUGCUUUUGGACCAAAGGUAUCUCAGAGCCAGCAGCUGCUGGAUCCUUUUCAUUACAUUGUGGUAUCGUGGGAGGGGCUGAAUUUUUCAAGACAAAUACUUUUUAAAUAUUACUCUUCAGCUUUCCAUUCCC